GGGGAGGAGUGGAGGAGAAACCCCGGCCUGGUGAGGAAGAGAGAUGUGAUUGUGCGUGUUUGGGACGAGAGAGGAGAGCACAGAGUGAUCACAAUCAAGGCGAAAGUCCGACCGUGGAGGGAGCGCACUUAAAUCACGUGGGGGUGUUGGGUUUGCACCGGGGAAAAAGUAAAAGUAUCGUCGGAGUGACUUCUCCUUGCACUUUGUUUUCCUCCUCUUUGCUUUUCGACCCCCUCCGCCCUGCAUUCCGCGGAGCAGCUGUGUUUUAAUGCCCCUGCGCACCCGAGGAGGAGAGGAAGGAGAGAAGAGUGAGGAAGAAGAGGCAGAAGAAGUAGACGUAGAAGUAGAAGAAGAAGAAGAAGAAGAAGAAGAAGUGAGAAGGCCUGGACACCAUCCCUCCUCGCCUUUCGGAGGACUGUCCACUCUCCCCUCCUGGCCCUGCAUGGACGGGGAUGGGGAGAGCCGGAUGCUGUUUCCGCGGGGCUGAGCGCCUCGCCUCCCCGUCUCUAGUGCGCCGCUUCCGGCCACUGCUGCUGGUGAUCAUCGCUCUCUGCUGCGGUGCUCAAAUAGGUCAGUGCCAGGUGGCCACCCCUCAGUGCCGUAUCCAGAAGUGCACCACCGACUUCGUCUCUCUGACCUUCCACCUGACGCCGGCCGUGGAUGGCUUUCACACUGAGUUUUGCAAGGCUCUGCGUGCGUACUCGGCCUGCACCCAGAGGACAGCCAAGUCCUGCCGGGGGAACCUUGUGUUCCACUCGGCUGUGCUGGGCAUCUCCGAUCUCAUGAGCCAGAGGAAUUGCUCCAGAGACGGGCCCACGUCCUCCACGCACCCUGAAGUCGAACACGAGCCCUGCAACUACCACAGUCGCACCCAGCACUCACACUCACACUCCCACGUGCAUGCACACGCACACUCCCACGCACACUCUCGGCCUGUCUACCUGUUCUGCGGGCUGUUCGGGGACCCACACCUGAGGACGUUUAAGGACAGCUUCCAGACUUGCAAGGUGGAGGGGGCGUGGCCACUCAUUGAUAAUGACUAUCUGUCAGUACAGGUCACUAAUGUCCCUGUGGUACCCGGCUCCAGUGCCACGGCAACCAAUAAGAUCACCAUCAUUUUCAAGCCCUAUGAGGGUUGUACAGACCAGAGGGUCUACCAGGCCGUCACAGACAACCUCCCUGCUGCCUUUGAUGAUGGAACUGUGAGCAGCGGAGACCCCAUCCACAUGUCUGCUGGUGCAGAAGGUGCAACUGGGAAGGUCCGUGCUCUCUGGAUCUCUGAGCGCAGCCCGGGGAACCACGUGGAGCUGCACGCUGGCUACAUUGGUGUCACUGUAAUCGUUCGCCAGCUGGGACGCUACCUGACCAUGGCAGUGCGGAUCCCAGAGGAUCUGGCUCAGGCCUACGAUGCCACCCAGGACCUGCAGCUCUGUCUGAACGGCUGCCCCGGUGGAGAACGCAUCGACCAGGCAGGGCAUCUCCCUCUGCCCCUCACCCCUCCCGCGCUCGGCUUGCAGCUCCAGCAGCUGCGCAGGCCCAGCUAUUCCUCACAGAUACAAGCAUCCCCCUACGAUGCCACGCAGGUUUUCAGUGUGGACGGGGCGAAGGAACGCUGCAGGGAGCAGCUGGAGGUGCAGGACAUUUACUUCCACUCCUGUGUGUUUGAUCUCCUCACCACCGGGGAUGCUAACUUCACAGUGGCGGCGUACAGCGCCCAGAAGGACAUGGAGAGUCUCCACCCUCAUCGGGAUAGAUGGAGGAUCUACCCCCGCGGCUCAGCCCCCUCCAGCUUACACUCUGAUUCUCAACCUAUCAAACAGCUGGCUCUGCUCCUGCUGUGUGUUCUGAGCGUGGCGUUGUAAGAGCGGGAGAGGGAAGUUUGUGUAUGUGUGCACUGGAGAGAGAGUUUGGGGAGUUUUUUGCUGAGCACUGAUACUGAGCACUGACUCCUCUCUCAUGUAGAGAGGAAACAGCAGGCUGGACAGUUACUGGGAACUUGUGUUUUUGGCACACGAAGACUAGCAACACUAACUGCAUCUUACCUGGCAGAGUCAGACCUCUGGGGAGUAAUACAGGAGACGUGAUGACGGCUUUCACAAUCUGUCUUCAUCUUUGGAUAAGACUUGACAAUGACACAAACGUACCUGUGUGGGUAAAUAGAGUGUGUGGAUACACACUCCAAACUGUAAAUAGCUUGUCUUCAGUGCACAGUGUAAUGGCGUAGAGUUUUUUUUGUGUCAUUUGAUGUGAUUUUUCUUUGAUACCUCAGACAGAGGAUGUUUGUUUUAACAGAAGCACUUUAUUUAGUUUUCCUUUUUUUUUUUUUUUUUUUCACAAAUCCACAUCAGUGUUUCUUCCUCUCUCUCUCUCUUACUGUGUUCCAACACAUUCUCAAAUGGCUCACGUUUUUGGAGACCAUCUAUGAUUUGAUUUGUGAUCAAUUCAAAGUAAAAAGUCUGUUAAAUACAAGGAGCUGCCAUUUUUGUUAAAAUGCAUCAUUCUUCCAGUAGCUGAUUUGACUCAGCGUCUCAUUUGCAGUCAGUUAAUGGGAGUUGUUCUUUUUUUAAUUAAGUAGGAAUAUUGUCACAGCAAUUUGGUUGCUGUAUGAAUUUGUUUUUCUUUUCUCAGUCCUGAUUUCAAAUAUGUGGGAGUGUGUAUGUGGGUGCGUCAGUGUUUUUUUUUUUUUUUUACCAGUUAGUGACAUGCUUGGAUGUGUUUUAUUUUCUCUGAAAAUCAUGUCAGAGUUAUUCCCACCUUUUUGCCAAGAGGCUGUGACGAUACCGGCUCGUGUAUGUUGCUCUCCGUAUUCUUUGUUGUGUUAAUUUGAGCCAAAGACAGAUAUUGUAUGUUUUUUUUAUGUAUAAAGGAGAUCAUAGCUCACCACCAAACCAGCACCCUUCUCCUCCUCACAAUCUCUCCUGUUUUUAAAGUUGCUACUGUAGACUGUUUUACUCCAGCUGCCAGAAUUGACAAGCUGAUCCUUACUGGGUUACGUGUAAAAUACUGGAUUGAAGACAAAGCACUGCAAAUCACUGAAAACUUUGCCACACUGUCAGCUGAGACCUGUACUUCAGCAGUGAGUUGUGGGAAAUGUAUGCCAUUUGAUACCUGAUACACAUGUCCCUCAACACUAUGAGCCUUUUUAACAUGUAACAUUAUGUAUAAUUAUGCCUCAUUCGGUUGGCCAUAAUCAGCUUAAUCUCAGUUUUUGGCAAUGUGAUCUCUUACAUCACGUGUGAGUGUCAGUUUGGUGAAGAGUGACUGAUCAAUGUUGAAAUACUUAACUUAUUUAUGAACGUAGUGUCCUGUAGAGGAAGUUAAGCUCCAUAUUCUUGCUGUUGGAUAAUAAUUUAAAAAAUGUCAGAUGUGAUUGUACUGCCACUUAGUGGUGCUCUGUUGCUAUGUCAGUGUGUUACUCAAGGCGCUCAAAAAAAAAACAUGGAGGAAAAAACUGUGUGCAAGUGU